UAUGGACCAAAUCAAGGCAAAGUGCCCUGUUUUCCAAGCAGGUAAAGCUUGUCCCUACAAUGUACCUGGAAUUAAARGUCUUGCAGCUGGUUGUCCAGAGUUUAAGAAAGCGGGAUGCCCGUUUAAAGACGUCGAAAAUGUUGAAGAAUUAAAGCAAGAGAUGGGCAAAAUGAGAGAURACUGCAAAGGUAAACCUAAAUACGACGAAGCUCUAACGGUUAUUCUUGGUGUUAGCAAAGAGCAAGCUCACAAACAUGGCCACUGCCCGUUCUUCAUGGAUGGCUGUCCAUUCCUGAGCGAUAAUGAUGGAAAGCCAAUCUCGAGUGAUAUUACAACAUUAGACUACAUCAAGGAGCACUGCCCAGUYUUCCAGCAAGGUCGCUAUUGCCCCUAUAACAUCCCUUGCCUUAAAGGACUUGGAAAAGGAUGCCCCGAGUUCAAAAACGGGUGUCCAUUYAAGGACGUGAAGACCGUUKGCGAGUUCAGAGAAAAGAUGGGUCAGAUGAGAGAUCAGUGUAAAGGAACUGACAAUUACAGGAAGGCAUUAGAGAUGAUCACUGGUGCCUCAGGUGCAGAAGUUGCUACAUUCGGCCGMGGGUGUCCCUUUUUCAAGUCUGGAUGCAUGUUUGCCAGUGAUGAGACUAACAAACCCAUUCUUCCAGAUCAUUUCACUUUGGAGURCAUCCAGGCACAUUGCCCAGCCUUCCAGAAUGGAAAAUUCUGYCCUUACAACGUCCCAGAACUCAAAGGACUUGCCAAAGGUUGUCCUGCCUUUAAAACCGGUUGUCCUUUCAAAGGUGUGAAGACUGUUGSCGAGUUUAARGCAAAGCUGGGAGAAAUGAGAGAUCUCUGUAAAGGCAAAACUAAUUACGACGAAGCUUUGAAGAUCAUUGAGUCUGCCAAUGGACGAGAAGUAGUCAAACUUGGGCAUUGUCCGUUUUUUAAGUUUGGGUGUCCAUUGAGCUCUGAUCGUGAAGGAAAACCUAUCCUUCCUGAAAGUGUAACCAUGGACUUUGUCAAGUCUCACUGCCCAGCAUUUGAAGGARGUUUUGCUUGUCCCUACAGCGUGAAGGAGCUUAAGGGUCUUGCUAAGGGAUGUCCUGAGUUCAAAAAUGGAGGAUGUCCUUUCAUGAACGUCAAGACAAUUGGCGAAUUYAAGGCCAAAAUGGGUGAAAUGCGAGACAAGUGCAAAGGCAAAGAAAACUACCUCAAGGCAAUGGAUCUUGCCUAUGCAGCCAAUGGUCGGGAAGUCGCCAAACGUGGUCAUUGUCCAUUCUUCAAGAACGGCUGCUGUCUGAAGACUGACUUGAAUGGUCGAUUUGUGACUCCUGAUGCUAUAACCAUGGAGUACACAAAGCUGCACUGYCCAGCCUUCGGCAAGGGAAAGAAGUGUCCUUAYAAGGCAGUAGACCUAAAGGGACUGGGUCAAGGAUGCCCAGCAUUCAAAGAGGGCUGUCCCUUCCAGAACGUCAAGGAUGUUGGCGAGUUUAAAGCAAAACUUGGAGAAAUGCGYGACCAAUGCAAAGGCAAUAAAAAGGCUGUGGCAAACUACACCAAAGCCUUGGACCUGCUAUCCAAGGCCGGAAACGAAGAGGUAGCCAAGAUAGGACAUUGCGCGUUCCUCCACGGCCACUGUGAGCUCAAGACCGACCCACAAGGCAAACCAAUAUUGUAAACUGAGGUGACAGCACAACGUC